CGCCAUGACGAGCUCCUCCUCCCCUUCCCGCAAGGUGCUGAGCAAGAUCGCAUGCAACCGGCUGCAGAAGGAGCUCGCGGAGUGGCAGGUCAACCCCCCCGCCGGCUUCAAGCACAAGGUCACCGACAACCUCCAGAGGUGGGUCAUCGAGGUCGCUGGGGCCGCGGGCACGCUGUAUGCCGGCGAGACAUACCAAUUGCAGGUGGACUUCCCUGAGCAUUACCCCAUGGAAGCUCCCCAGGUCAUAUUUCUGCAUCCGGCACCAAUGCAUCCGCACAUUUACAGCAAUGGGCAUAUCUGCUUAGAUAUAUUGUAUGAUUCAUGGUCACCUGCGAUGACCGUUAGUUCUGUCUGUAUCAGUAUCUUGUCAAUGUUAUCAAGCUCGCCAGCUAAGCAACGUCCUGCAGAUAAUGAUCGCUAUGUCAGGAACUGCCGCAAUGGGAGGUCGCCGAAAGAGACCAGGUGGUGGUUUCAUGAUGACAAAGUGUGAUCGAUCGCUUCCAACUUCCAGUUGGAUCCUCCCUUAAGCAGCCUCUUACUCGCCAGCCUACCUUCGUAUGGUGUCUUCUACGGGAGAUGAUUUAGGCAUAUUUUAAGCGAUCUAUUUGACCGUGAAUUAACAUGCCUCUGCGGUUUGUAAAUGAAUGUGAACCUGUAUCAAAUCCUAGCAUUAUUAAUUACUAUACCUUUGAUAUAUAGAAUAAUUACAUGUGUAUCUUGUUUGUUUGCCCAAAAUAGAGGCAUCAAAUGCAUGCAAAACUUCGAUUGUCUGGGUUUUCCAAUGUUUUAUGGUGCAUAGCA